CCGGGAUUCCAGCGGUUGGAGAGAAGGUGCCAUAGAGUGGAAAGAUCUGGUUGAGGACGAAGCUCAGGCCUUGUAAUUGCUGGUCUACCACUGAACUAAAUUUCCAACCCAACUUGAACCAUUUUGGAGUUUGUGUUUCAGCUGAGCCAUCUAUUUCAUCUUUAAGCCAAAAUGAGCUGUAAGAAGCGGAGAUCACAGAUCUCAUUUAAUACAAGGAAAAAUAAAAAAAUCGAUGACUAUUUCUCUCAGGUUCCCAAAGAAGAGCAGAAUGAUCCCAAUACGCCUCAAGUAAAAGUGGAUUCUAAAAAAAUGCCAAGGGAUAUAACCAACACCAGAGACCAAAGACCACUUUCACCCAAGAAAAUUCAACAAGAUCAGACUCCUCCCCUAAAUAAAAAAAUCACAGUAACCUUGGGUGUGAACCCUAGGAAACACAAAAAGAUGAAAUAUGAGCUCUCAUGUAGUGAGACAAGCAGCUUGUAUGCAGCACUCAACACUCUCAAUGCUGUCAGAGAAGAGGUAGAAAGUCGAAAGGGCAGAGAAAUGCUGGUGUGUGGCAAAGAAGGAAUUGAAGGGUACUUAAACCUCGGCAUGCCCUUCUGCUGUGUACCAGAAGGCAGCCAUGUGGUCAUUACAUUUUGUCAAUGCAAAAGUAAGACAGAGGAAAAUAAGCGAUUCUCUGAACCACAGGACCAAGCAUCGACCAAUUACGUCCGAUUUUUCAUUCAUGCAGUAUGUAGUAAGGGGAAAAAGAUUCUGAAGUGUAGGGAACUUAGCCAAGAGGGGAACAAACUCUGUGUCUAUGGCUUCAAAGGAGAGACCAUUAGGGACACUCUGAGGAAGGAUGGCAGGUUUUGUUCUUUCGUAGAGAGUGACGAUUGGAAACUCAUUAAUGACCUGGACACCAUCAUAGAAAACACACAGCCAGUUGAUGAGUUAGAGGGCAAGCUUUUUCAGGUUGCGGCUGAGCUACCAAAGAACCCUAGGGUAGUCUCUGUCACUCAGAGUUCUGGGUUAGAGAACAGAAACUUCCAUAAGAUAGAACUCUACAUUGUGAAUGAGUACACUACAUUGAAAGAAGAAGGAGAAAAACUUAGAGCAUACAUCAAGGAAGAAAGUGAAAAAAGAAAGAAGAAAGCUUCCUUAUUCAAUGUGCAUAAAGAACACUUUGGGAAAAUGACAAAAAAUUCUAUUCCUGUUAAACUGAACAAACAUCUUUCCAGGGUCAGUGACUCAGUUGGGUUCCUAUGGUGGAACAACAAUGGAAAUUCGGGCUGUGCCACCUGCUUUGUUUUUAAAGAGUUGUACAUUUUGACUUGUCGGCAUGUGAUAACUAGCAUUGUGGGUGAAGGCAUAGAUUCAAGUGAGUGGGCAAAAAUAAUUAGUCAGUGUGUAAAGGUGACCUUUGAUUACGAAGAGUUUCCACUAACAGAAGACAAGUUUUUUGUUGUUAAACCUUGGUUUGAGAUAUCUGAUGAAAAACUUGACUAUGCUGUCCUGGAGCUGGAGGAAAACGGACAAGAAGUACCUGCUGGACUGUAUAAUGGAAUAGGACCUGUGCCACUUAGUGGGUUGAUUUAUAUCAUUGGCCAUCCUGAAGGAAAGAAGAAGUCUAUUGAUGGCUGUACAGUGGUCCCUCCAGGAAGUAGAAGCAAAAACUGUCAGGAAAAAUUUCAAGCAAGAGAGGAAGCAGGCUGCUGUUUUUCCACAUCUUUUAUCCAUAUGUUCACAUCUUUAAGAAGUUUCCAGGAAAUGCUUCACAACUCUGAUGUGGUUACUUAUGACACCACUUUUUUUGGUGGGUCUUCUGGAUCCCCAGUAUUUGAUUCUAAUGGUUCACUGGUGGCCAUGCAUGCUGCUGGCAUCACUUGUCCAUACCAGGGUGGAGCUAAUAACAUCAUUGAGUUUGGUUCUACUAUGAAAUCCAUUCUUGCUAAUAUUAAGCAAGAUGAACAUAAAUAUAAUACAAUUUUUGGAAAUGUUCAGGAUGCAGAAAUGCUGAGCACAGAUUCCUGAGGACUGGAAAGGGUUUUACAACUUUAUGGGAAUUUCCUAUGGCGUUUUUCUGCAGACAAUAAUGUUUUAUGAAGUUUCAAAAUGAUUACUUUCA